AUGCCUCCGAGACUCAACGUAUGCUCCUACCUUCCACGCCGACUCCAGAUCGUAGCAUCUCUUGCGGUCUUCAUCGUAAUAUGCAUCAUCUUCCUAGGCCGCUCAGGCACAGAUGACUUCGAUCCCUACCUCGAGAAAGUACCAUACGGUCCCCAACUACAGGACGGCGUACAUCAUGCAGUAGAAGGAGCACAACAGAUCGUGGACCACAUACCGAAUCCAUUAGGCGCUCCGGCGCAUAAGCCACCACCAGAACAAUCGAAUAGCACGAGUGGGGAGGCGAAAUGGUUUGCAGAUUGGUCGUGGAGGAAUCCCUUCAGCAGCGAUACCACUCUCGAUGAGGAACGCGCAGUACUUCCUCCGCUCCCCGAACGACCGCGGAUCUACACAUACUACGAUGUCUCGACAAGGAGAAAGGAUGAGCAAAGCAAACAAGCCGAGCAGGAUCUUAUACAACUAUGGCGUCGCGCUUGGUGGGCACAAGGCUUCAGACCAAUUGUGCUGAGCAAGUCUGAAGCUAUGAACAACCCACUAUACCGCAUUGUCCAGCAGUUGAAGCUGGAAACAGCGCUGGACAAUGAGCUGAUGAGAUGGCUGGCGUGGGGCAACAUGGGCACAGGCAUACUCUCCAACUGGCUAGCACUACCCAUGGCAGCUUACGAUGACCCGAUGCUGGCUUUCUUGCGGCGUGGAGAGUAUCCUACACUUACACGAUACGAAGGGCUCGGCAAUGGACUGUUUAUCGGGUCGAAAGAGGAUGUAGACGCUGCGCUGAAGGAGGCGGUCAACUCACCAGCACUGAAGCGAGUCAAGUACAUCGAUGAGGCCUUUCCGCCAGAUACUGUACAGGUGGACUCGAAACACGAUGCCAUUGCAUACUAUGGUCUGGAAGUGCUGAAAGCCAAGUAUACUCUAAUCAAGGAACGACUCGAGGCGAAAGCUAUUGGUGAAGCUCUGAAGUUGCUCCCCGAUUUGAUCAACAGCCAUCUGCACCUGACGUGGCAAAACACCUUCUCGAAAGGCAUCACAAUACUCAAGCCACUGCCCGAGCACACUUCGGCACUCAUCGAAGCCGCUGAGGACAUCGCGCUGAAUCUCACGUCGUGUCCGGUCACACACAUCCCAAGUUCUUGUCCGCCUAAUCGGCCAAAAUGCAAGACGUGUGUCAGCAACACCGUGAAGCUCAGCUACUCCAAGGUCUACAGAAAUGAGAGCGAGCUCUUCACCAUCGCAACAGUGCCGCAUCCGUACACUAUGCAGAGCAUGAUCAAGUCAAAAGACAACAUGGAUCUGCAAUACAUUCGGAGAGAGACUGACCGCGAUGUAUGGAUUCAAGCUGCGACGAAAGAGCUCCUGGGGACCGGUGUGUCAUCGUUCUCACGCCUCCCAAAGCUCAAGGACGCCAUCGCGUCCGAGUACGGCAGCUCAAGGUCGCUGUGGUUGACAGCCGAGCGGCCCUUUUCGAAAGACAGCGAAAAGGACCUGGAAGAGCUUGACUGGAUAUUUGGGUUCAAGCUUCCUCGCGAAGAGAUCAUUCCUUCUGGCAAGAGCGAAACCCCGGUGCCAGGGCCCGAGCGCAGGCCCAAGCUACCCUCUCCAGAGUAUGGAGAUGGGCCAAUACCCUCGGAAGCCGAGCUCCAGAAUGAGAGAACACUGCUCGAGGGGACUAGGAGGGCGCUCACGACCAAAGCCACCAAGCAAGUGCGAGAGAUCACCGAAGCAUGGAACCUAGCUGAUACAGAAGCCUGGAAGUUUGUAAGAGCAUACAACGCCAGACGACGCAUAGAACGGCGAGGUUGGGAGGAGGAAGAGAGUGACUUUCAAGGGAAAGGAGUCUUUGAUAGAUGGGUCGACAAGAUAAUUUAA